CUCAAAUAGUGCAAGGCCCAUUCACAGAACAUUUAGGGUUUCAGCCUCAUAUAUUACAAUCAGCUGUUUUUGGUGCGUAACUCUUAUCGGCACUUUGAAACCCUAACUCUCAGAGAAUUGAAGGUAUCGAGAGGAAAAGUUUCAAAAAAUGAGUAAGCUUCAAAGUGAAGCCCUUAGAGAGGCAAUUACUCAGAUCACUACGGAUGCAAAGGAAAAGAAACGUAACUUUACUGAAACCAUUGAGUUACAAAUUGGUUUGAAGAAUUACGAUCCACAAAAGGACAAACGUUUCAGUGGAACCGUGAAGUUGCCCCACAUUCCUCGCCCCAAGCUUAAAGUUUGCAUGCUUGGAGAUGCUCAACACGUUGAAGAGGCUCAAAAAAUUGGUCUUGAAUAUAUGGAUGUUGAGGGUUUAAAAAAGCUGAACAAGAACAAGAAAUUGGUGAAGAAACUUGCUAAGAAGCAUCAAGCUUUCUUGGCUUCUGAGUCUGUUAUCAAGCAGAUUCCUCGUUUGUUGGGCCCCGGUCUUAACAAAGCAGGUAAGUUCCCUACUCUUGUUUCCCACCAAGAAUCUCUCGAGGCAAAAGUCAACGAGACGAAAGCGACAGUCAAAUUCCAACUUAAGAAGGUGCUUUGCAUGGGAGUUGCUGUUGGAAACUGCAGCAUGGAAGAGAAGCAAAUCUUCCAAAAUGUUCAAAUGAGUGUCAAUUUCUUGGUUUCUUUACUUAAAAAGAACUGGCAAAACGUGCGGUGCUUGUACUUGAAGACAACAAUGGGAAAGCCGGUUCGCAUCUUUUAAGGAGUGGCUUUGGUUAUGUUUUUAUUUUGGGUUAAUGUUGAGGUCAGUACUGGAAAUUGUAUUUCCCAUGAAUGGGGAAUAAUCCUUUUUGGCUUUUUACAUGUUUGUUUGGUACUGUAUUUUUGGACCCUCUUCUUAUAUCAUUGUUUUGAUUUUGCCAGUCA